GUCUUUGUUGUUUUCUCUCUCUCUCUCUCUGUGUGUUUUGUGUAUAUCUUCACAGGUAAUACAUGUGACGAAUUAUUACUCAUAUUGUUUAUGUAUAUAUAGCCUCGUAGUAAACAACAUUUUCUCUCUCUCUCUCUCUCUAGAAUCCGACUGUUCAUAUUGUUAUACAACAAGAAAUAAACAUGGAGAAUGUUAUAUUGAAAAUUGCAUUCGGUGCUACUCAACUGAGUGAAUUCGCCUCAUAUCGAUGGGGAGUUAUUGUCCCAUUGAAUAAAAAAGUUGUCUGUAAAGAAUUCAAUGUCAGCCAUUGGCCAAUUACAAAAUUUUGGAAAAUAUUACUGAGAAAUAUAUUCCGUUUAAAAUUAUUACAGCGAUUUGAAGAAUCUCAAUUUACAAUGAAUAGAGAUUUCAUCAUAUCUUAUGCUAUCGGGAUAGAUGAAACGAAAUUUACAAUUCUAACGAAUUUCUGUUCAUAUGGGAAUCUUUUCGAAUGGUUUCAACAAAGAAAUUCAUUAAGCGUUGAAGAUGUCUGUCAGACUAUUCAAUAUUUAAGUAUUGCUGUUGACUAUCUACAUAGUAAGAAGAUUGUUCAUGGAAAUAUUAAACCGCAUAAUAUAUUCUUCAAGACAGACAAUCCAUCUUCAGUGUCAUUAGUAAUGGAUUUCAGUGUACUGACAGAAAUCAAUAUAUUGACUAACAAUAUAACCAAAAUGUUUAUCUACAUGUCACCAGAAUAUGUUAACCUUGUAUUGAAUUCACUUCAACGUUUCAAUUCAACUUCAGUGGAGAACAUUUAUCAUGCUAUGAAGGAAUUGUGGAGUUUAAAAUCUCCUGCAAUGGAUUUCUGGUCUGUUGGUGUUAUUAUGCAUCUGUUGACAACCGGUAAACUUCCAUUUACACAGCAUAAAGAUAUGCUAACGUUCUUGGAGGAUAUUAAAACAAGCUCACCACAGUUAAAUGCUCCAAUACUUUUCAAAGUUGAUAAAUGUGUUCAUGUGAUUAUUAUGCUGUUAUUGCAAAUCAAUGUAAAUACACGGAAAAAUGUCAGUGAAUUGACAACAUCUAACUGGUACUAUGGUAUGUCAGAAAAGAAUAAGAAAAGAAAUUUGAAACCAAUUAUCGAAUAUGAUUUUCUUCAUACGAUCAUGCAUCAUCAGAGGGAAUCAGAAAAUGUUAUAAAAACGUUUAAAGAAUACAUGAAGAAUAGGACUAUGGAAGUCAAUUCUGUUUCUUGAAUUAUAUUGUAAUACUAGAUGGAUAUUUCUACUAACAUUAAGUGUAAAUAAAAGUUGGAUACCAGGUCAAACAAAAGUAACUCAAGAUAAGCACACUGGUGAAUAUUGAUACAAAAAUAGCAAUCCACGGUCAAAUGUUCACCCGUCAAAAUUAAAGGAUUGUCUAGUUUCACCACCAAGUUCGACAAAAGCAAAAACAACUUGUCCUUCUCAAACACUAACUGUGGUACAAAUAUAUAUGAAACGAGUUUAAAAUAACUUUUAGUAAAUGUUAUAUGCAUUACUUCUGAUAAUGGAGAUUUCUCACUGUGUUCGGUGAGCUGAACGGUUUAACUGGGAAGAUCCUUACUCCUUCUGGAAAACAGAUGUAUAUGAAGUUAGCUUUGAGAAUUUUUUAUGGAUAAAACACCUAUCUUUCCUGGUAAUGAUGACGCUGACUGAUUGUGCUUGAGAAUUUUAUUAUGAUUGUACUCGUUUAUAUUGAUACUAAUCCUUUAAAUCAACCUGAUGUUUUACCUUUUGUUUGUUUUAGUUAUUCCUGUCAGUUAAACUCUAAAGUCUAUUAGAUAAACAUUUGAACUGUAUAGAGUCAGAAUAAUAUUUGAUUCACAAGUCAAUCUCCAGCUGUCAGAAAAUCUAAUAAAAAUAUUCCAAGUUUCUGAAUAGUUAACAGUAAAAUGCUGUAAACAAAAUUACUUAAAAUAUAGUUGUCAGUCGAUAUGCUGCUACUAAUUAUCUUCACCUUUAUGUAUGUGUAAGAAUAUGAAUCAAAUAAAAUAA